GGAAAUUUUGCUACAUGCGAGACCCCUUGGCUUUUGCUGCUUUUUAUUUCGUCUUAUAUUGGUAUCUUCAGGCCCAAGGGGCGCGGUGCGUUCGGAUCGAGACUAACUUGCUGGCCUGUUUUUCCCCAUUUCUUCUAGAACGCCGCACUGCCGACCGCUUUUCACAAUCUCAAGCCCAUCCUUGCCAGCAGCGCGUUUGGCCCGCACCUACUAAAAACCUCGACCUUUUCCCCAGAACAUCGUGUGCUUCCCUGGCCGAACAAACAAGACCGCACGCACCGAUCCCAAGGCCGCACUAUCGUGGUAACGGCGCCGAAUUUAUCUCACUUUGAAGACGAGCAUACCCUAUGGGACUGA